CCACAAUGCUUCUCAACGAAGUGCUACCCGUGCUCGCGCAGUACUGGCCUCUUGUCCUCGCAUCUGUCACCAUCGGCUGGCUGCUGAACAAUAAGUUCUCGAGAGGACUGAACAAGUACCCGGGACAUUGGUUGGCAGGUUACACAGACUGGUGGCGGUUCUGGGAUGUGUGGGGAAGAAAUCAUCAGUGGACUGUCAUCGAUUUGCAUCGAGAGCAUGGCGAUAUCGUACGGCUCGGACCCAAUGUCUUGUCCUUUGCAGACCCUCGGGCAAUCAAGGUUAUUUAUGGGUUGAACAAGGGAAUGAUAAAGUCCGACUUCUACCCCGUUCAAAAUGCCGUAUCCAAAGGUCGCCGUCUCCAGUCCCUAUUCUCCACAGUUGACGAGAACUACCAUGCGAAGUAUCGUCGCUGCGUGAACAGUGCUUUCGCCAUGAGCUCCCUCGUCAACUAUGAACCGCUUGUUAGUUCGACCAUGAGUGUUUUCCUCGAUAAGACACAAGAACUAUACGCCAAUACUGGAGACAGUUGCAACUUCAGCCAAUGGUUGCAGUACUUCGCGUUCGACGUCAUCGGAGAUUUAACUUGGAGUAAGCGUUUGGGGUUUGUUGAGGAGAACAGGGACGUGGAUGGUAUUGUUGCAUUUUUGCAGAAGUUUUUGAGCUAUGCUGGACCGAUCGGACAGAUGCCGAUUCUGGAUCUUUUUCUCGAGAAGAACCCUCUCCGCCUCUUUGCACAGCGUAUUGGUCUCAGCAACACGGUGUUUCCAGUCACCCUGUUCGCUCAAAGCCGCUCCAACGAGCGGGCAGGACAGAUUCAUAAGAUCAAGUCCUAUGGGUUGCAGGAAGAACAAGGCAGUACUCGCGGCGUCGACCUGCUUUCCAAGUUUGCACAGGCGGCUUUCGAUCACCCAGAAUUCAUGGAUGACACCAGAAUUCUGACGUCCUGCACUUCGAUGGUUUUUGCAGGGUCCGAAACGACGGCCAUUUCUCUUUCGAGUGUUUUCUACUUUAUAGUGAGGCACCCGCAGGUCUACGCAAAGUUGAUGCAGGAACUAGAUGAUGCCGUCGCCAAUGGAGUAGUGGAAGCAAGGUCCGACAAAACGGUGUCCUGGUCAGAGUCGCAGAAGCUCCCAUACCUGGAUGCUGUUAUCCAGGAGUCAUUCCGGCUGCAUCCUGCUCCCGGGUUGAAUCUAGAGCGCAUUGUACCUCCGCAAGGCAUGGACGUGCUUGGAACGUUUGUCCCGGGCGGGACGAUUAUCGGUUGCAAUGCUUGGGUACUUCACCGCCGGCCUGAAGUGUUUGGUGCAGAUGUCGAUGUCUUCCGACCGGAGCGAUGGAUCGAGGCCAAACCGGAGCAAUUGCGCGUGAUGAAAGCCACGAUGUUCCAGUUUGGUGCUGGCGCCAGAACGUGCAUUGGCAAGAACGUGAGUCUACUGGAGGUGUAUAAGCUCGUGCCGAGUUUCCUCAGGCGGUUCGAGAUUGAGCUUGAGCAUCCUGGUGCGGAAUGGAAGACUCACAAUGCUUGGUUUGUGCGACAGACCGACUUCAAUACUCGAUUCAGGCCACGGGUGGAGUCGCUGUAA